GGAGAGCAGCAGCAAGCGAAGUCGGGAGCAGAGAUCGCGGAGAUAGGCCAGCAGGCUGCGAAGAUCCAAGACGCGUUCGACGCAAGGAAAGUUCAGCUGGCAGCAAAGUCGAUCGAAACCAGCAUGCUGCAGGCGGAGUGCAAGAGGACCGAGGCGAUCGGUUACCGCAAGGACACAAUCGAGGGGCUACACUCAUGGGUGGCAGCACGUGCAUGGAAGAUGCUAGCUACCAAGCAGGGCGACGAGUG